AUGGGCAAGACUAUCGACGACCGGCCUUCAUAUCUGAGCUCCGAUGAUGCCAAAUACUCCCUAGGCCUGCAUCGCGGGCCAUUGCCUGCCAAGGGCGUCGACGACAGCUCCCAGCUCGAGCAUGUUACGUCGGCCGGCGGCCUGUCAUUGGAGACACGGCAGCUCAAGCGCAAGGAGAAACUGCAGCGCCAUUGGAAACGCUUUUGGUGUGUCUAUUUGGUCGGCAAUGUCAUUUUCCUCGCGAUUUUCCUACCUAUCUUCUUCCUCAUCUGCAUUCCCGCGAUUUCGCAGCUCGUGGUCAACAAGUCCGACCUCCUGCUGGUCAAUGCGGCUGUCAUGCAGCCCAAGCCGGAUUCGAUCGUUCUGACCCUGGUGUCUGCGCUGGACCUGAAGAUUGCGUUGCCCGUCCGCAUUGAACCCAUUACGCUCAACCUGUUCGUGCGCGACCUCGGGGCCCAGAACUACUGGGGUGAUAUCACCAUCCCGGGCCAAACCAUCAGGGGCAAUACCUCCCUGGGCGUCACCAAUCACUACGAGACCAUUCACAACGCGAGCACCUGGGACCAGUAUGUCCACAAUGUGGUGUUCGAAAAGGCAGCCGGGCUGUCCGUUCAUGGCGAGACCAAUUCGUACCUCGGUGUUCUGAAAUCCCACGUCGUCAUGGAUAAGACCAUUGUCUCUCCCACGCUCAACAAAUUUGAGGGGUUCACCAUCUCGGACAGUGCACUCCUGUUGAAGCCAAAAGCCGAUGGCACCAAUCUCAUCGGCAACGCAAUGCUUCCCAAUCCGUCAGUGCUGACUCUCCAGAUCGGCACCAUUGUGCUGGACAUCUACAGCGGCGACCUGAUCAUUGGCAAUGCCACGCUGACCGACGUUGAGCUGAAGCCUGGGAACAACACUUUCCCCCUGAAUGGCGUCCUCGACCUGUCCACCGUGCUGGGCCACCUGUCCGAGGUGCUCAAGUCGCAAGCCGCGGCCCUCAAGAACGGAACUCUCGCCCUGAAAACCAUCACACGAUCCGUGGUUUGGAACGGCACGGAGGUGCCAUACUACACCAAGGCAAUGCACGACCUGCCCCUGACGGCCGUGGUUGGCGUCGCCGACAUCCUGAAGAACACAAUUCAUCAUCUCACCCACAACGGCGGCCUGAAUCUCACGCAGAUUGGCCAGGACUUCAAGAGCAACAGCGACAGCAAUGGCGGAAUGCUGGGCUCACUCAACACUACCAGCCUAGCCUCUCAUCUGAAGCAGAACGUGGCCGUACGCGACACCUUCAAAAACGAGCACCCAAUCAAGCGCGAUGCAAUGAUCGACACUCUGGCCAAUCUGUAUUCGAAGAGUACAGCAGGAGAGCCGUAA